AUGGAUACAAGUUGGAUAGAUCUACCCACUGGCCACCCUGAAUAUGUCGAUGGUUGUAUGCAAUUCAUUGCGUUUGCCAAGCAAGGUCUAUUCGAAGGAAAAAUUAGAUGUCCAUGUAAGAACUGUAAGGUGGAUAAAUGGUUCCCGGUUAAUGAUGUAGAGCGACAUAUUUUGUUUAAGGGGUUUUAUAAGUCGUAUAGAAAUUGGAUCUUUCAUGGUAAAGGGGAUAUGGUUCAACGUAUGUUAGGGAGUGAUGGAGGGAGUACUAGUGAAGGAUCCCUUGGUAAUAAAAGUGGGUUUGUAGGUCGAGAUAAUAUGGGAGGACUAUUAAGAUCAGCUUUUAGUGUUAAUGUGCCACCCAAUUUUCCAACUUUUGAAGCAAGAGAGGAUGGUGAAUGGUAUGAGGAGCCCGUGUCAUACGACACAGAUGUUCAAUAUGAUGAUUCUACAAUAGAAGAAGAUGCGACAUAUAAGAAGGUACUUCAAGCUUCUGAGGAGAAAUUAUAUGAGGGGUGUAUUAAUUUUUCAAAGUUAUCUUUUCUUCUACACUUAUUUCACUUGAAGUGUAUGCAUCACUGGUCCAUUGAAUCUUUCAAUAUGCUCUUGAAGCUGAUUUUAGAUGCAUUUCCUCAAAUACUUGAUUUUCCCUCGUCUUAUUAUUACAGUAAGAAAAUGAUAAAAGACUUGGGCCUUGGGUAUGAAAAAAUUGAUGCUUGUCCUAAUGAUUGUAUGCUGUAUUGGGGUGAAUUUUUAGAGAAAGACAAGUGUCAUGUUUGUGGUAAAUCGAGGUGGAAAACAACCAAGGGUAAGAAGGGUGACGAUGUAAGUGAUCAAGGUACGAAUACUUGUAAGAAAGGUGUGCCAGCUAAGGUAAUGCAAUAUUUUCCUCUUAUCCCAAGACUAAAAAGAAUCUACAUGUCAUCAGAAACAGCAGAAAAUAUGAGAUGGCAUGAUACAGAGCGAUUGGGUGAAGAUGAUAAGAAGAUUUUGAGGCAUCCUUCCGAUGCCAUAGCGUGGAAGGCAUUUGAUGAGCGUUAUACAGAUUUUGCAUUAGACCCUCGUAGUGUUCGAUUAGGUCUUGCGAGCGAUGGGUUUAAUCCUUACCGUUUAAUGAACACUACUUAUAGUACAUGGCCAGUGGUGUUGAUUCCUUAUAAUCUUCCACUAUGGCUAUGUAUGAAACCAUCUUCUUUCAUUUUGUCCACACUUAUUCCCGGAAAAGCAAGUCCUGGAAAUGAUAUUGACGUGUAUUUGCAACCAUUAGUUCAUGAGUUGAAAUUGCUGUGGGGAGGGGUUGAAGCUUUUGAUGCUUUUGACGGAGUGAAAUUUAAUUUGCGCGCGGCUCUGCUUUGGACUAUUAAUGACUUUCCUAGCUAUGCAAUGCUCUCUGGUUUGAGCACAAAAGGUUACAAUGCAUGUCCUAUAUGCAUGGAUUCCACACCCUCUGAUAGAUUUGGGAACAAGAUUUAUUAUUGUAGCUAUAGAAAAUGGUUACCCGCAGAUCACCCAUAUCGACGUCAGGGUGUAAAGUUUUGUGAGAAGUUUGGAACUAAUGAGUUGGGUGAAGCCCCAUCUCGUCCUAGCGGCACUGAUAUAUUGAGGCAACAAGAAAAGGUCGAGUAUGUUUAUGGAAAGUCAAAGGCACCACCGAAAAAGAGACAAAGAGGACAUACUGAUAACAAUGAUGUCCAAGAUGAAAUUGUCUUUGGUACCAAGAGAAGCAUAUUCUUUGAUUUGGUGUAUUGGGAGCAUAAUCUUCUAAGGCAUAAUUUAGACGUUAUGCACAUUGAGAAAAAUGUGUCUGAGAAUCUUUUGGGAACACUUCUUAGUAUGGAUAAGAGUAGAGAUAAUAGGGAUGAUCGAGAAGCCCUUGAAGCAUGGACAAUAAAGACUCACCUUUGGCUUAGUGCUGAUCACAAUGGAAAUGAAUACAUGCCUUCAGCUUCCUAUUCUAUGUCUAGGGAGGAAAAAGAGAGAUUCUUAAAUGUUUUGGAGAAACUUAAAGUUCCGGAUGGAUAUGGAUCCAACCUUUCUAGUUGUGUGAAUAUGAAGCAAAGGGAGUUGAUUAACCUCAAGAGUCAUGACAACCAUGUGCUAAUGCAAGAUAUACUCCCCGUCGCCUUAAGAGCUUCUAAUGCUACAAAGGUGAUUGACUUGUUGGCUAGAUUAUCUUCGUUUUUCAAGAAGUUGUGCUCCACCAGUAUUGAUCCAGAUGAUUUAGAUGGUCUUCAAGAUGGAAUUGUUUUAACUCUUUGUCAGUUGGAAAUGGAGUUUUUGCCUUCAUUUUUCACAAUCAUGGUCCAUUUGUUGAUUCACUUAGUGGAGGAGGUUAAACUUGGUGGACCAGUGCAAUACAGAUGA